AUGGUCGUCCACUAUCACGAUUCCAAUUUCAGCACCACAGACAGCUCCCCGCCCGGUUCCACGGAGGCCCCCGGCCCGGAUGAUGGGCUGAGCCGGGGCGGCCACACGGCGGUGGCCGUCUGCCUGGGCUUCAUCCUGGUGGCUGGGGUCCUCACCAACGUCCUGUCGCUGGUCAUCUUCGCCAGGUUCCGCUCCCUGUGGACGCCCAUCAACCUCCUGCUGCUCAACAUCAGCCUGAGCGACGUGCUGGUGUGCGUGUUCGGGACCCCGUUCAGCUUCGCGGCCAGCCUGGAGGGCCGGUGGCUGACCGGGGAGCUGGGCUGCAAGUGGUACGGAUUCGCCAACUCCCUCUUCGGUAUAGUGUCAUUGGUGUCCUUGUCAGUUCUUUCCUACGAGCGCUACACCACCAUACUGCAUUCCUCCCAGGCGGACAUUUCAGACUUCAGGAAAGCCUGGAUGUGUGUUGGAGGCUCCUGGCUGUAUUCGCUGCUUUGGACGUUGCCGCCCUUCCUGGGCUGGAGCAGCUAUGGACCAGAGGGCGCCGGGACCACCUGUUCCGUCCAGUGGCACGUGCGCACGCCCACCAGCAUUUCAUACGUGCUGUGUCUCUUUAUCUUCUGCCUGCUGCUGCCCCUUCUGCUCAUGGUGUACUCGUAUGGAAGGAUCCUGGUUGCCAUUAGGAAGGUGGGGAAGAUCAACCUUCUGGCAGCCCAGCGCAGAGAGCAGCACAUUUUGCUGAUGGUGUUGUCCAUGGUGUCCUGCUACAUGCUGUGCUGGAUGCCCUACGGCAUCAUGGCCCUGACCGCCACCUUCGGUAGGUCAGGGCUGGUCACCCCCAUGGCCAGUGUGGUGCCCUCCGUCCUGGCCAAGUUCAGCACCGUCGUCAACCCAGUUAUCUACAUGUUCUUCAACACCCAGUUUUAUAAAUGCUUUUUGGCCUUCAUCAAGUGCAGCAAGGAACCCCAGUCGGUUCAAACUCCGAAAGCACAGCUAUCGGAUAUCUUUGGGGUCCAAAGACAGGUCGCCCUCAGCUGUGCACAGCCUCAGGUCUUCAGCAGCUCCAGAAACACCGCCCUCAGCGGCCAGCACAGUGACCGGCACACUCUGUUCGUUCACUUUACUCCCUGA